GUUAGAUCGCGGUUUCUGAGACAUACCAGACAAAGCCCGCGCUCGUUCAUACAUACUGAUAAUGCAGUCUUCCCACUACCCAACUUCUACUUCUUCGUCCGAUAAAAGGGUCUCGUCCAGCUCUUCACGAUCCUCUAUGACGGCCGACAUCGCCCUCUACGAAUAUCUCUACGGAGAUUCAUCACCCUCCACACAAGACUUCUAUCAGGCACAAUUGGCCGACUUUGCAUAUUCGAUACAGUCUCGUUUAGCCAGUGACGUGGCGCUGGACUAUAUGCCUGACAUGGACGCGUUGAUAUCCCAGUUCACUGAGGACGAAGCGUUACCCUCGUACCUGUCGUUGAAAGACGCCCUCACGCACACAGGAUCAAUACACCCUUUCCAACCCUUCACUCUCCCCAGCGACUCUCCUCCACAGCUCUCGGAUUACCUCAACUGUCCUCCAUCCCCGUUCUCAUUCUCAUCGCCAUCUGAAUCUCCGUCAGCUUCCGAGCGCGAAUUUUCCGCCCCAUCGCCAUCAUCAUCUACUCCAAUCGAUUCGUACGACAUGCAAAGCGACCUAUUCGAGAACGAUCUCUCACGAUCCAUGGAGUGGUCCGACCCUAGGGGUCUCCAGCAAGAAAACAGUAUGUCACACCACCACCGACGGCUCUCGCAUGAGUCCUCCACGCUCUCAGGUCCGGAAGACCGUGAACUAUCGUUCGCGGUUUCCGGAAAUGAGAGCACUUCCUCUGAGGGGCCUCACGCGAUAAUCGCGAAUGCUCCCUCCACACCUUGCACGUCGGAUGACGUGCGGGAGGUUGAGGUUCACGAAGUAUGCGUAGCCGAUGACAUAGGGGAGUGGGAUGGCUAUCGGAAGGAGGGUAAGAAGUGGGUUUGCGAGUUGUGUGGCGAGGGCGUCACAGCGAGGAAGUCUGACUUGAUCAGGCAUCUGGACACCCACGGUCCGAAGAAGUUUAUGUGCACGAAGAAGUGCGGGAAGUUUUUCGGUCGUCGUGAUGCCAUGCGAAGACAUACGAAGACUUGUGGUUUGAACUUGAAGCGAGGCCCUAAGCCUGGUCAGAAGUCGAAGGGCGCACGAGCAUCUCAAUGAUUUAUAUCCUUUUCGCACCUCAAUUGUUCCUGUCUUUGUUAUCGCUCUCCACACUCGAUCCUCGUUGUUCCCUAUGCUUUUCUAUGUCUCGAGGUAUUGUGCCUCUCAUGUCCAUUCUUAUAUGUUUUCUUCAAAUGCCUGUCAUACCCUUUUCAGUCUCAUACUCCUUGUAUACAGAGUUCCCAGACGUUGCGCUGAAGUUCCUUUUGUCCCUGUACUCCU